UCCUCCCUUUUCCGUGGCGCCCGAACUGAUUCAAACUUUUGAAAAAGUAGAAACAAGGCCCUCCCAUCCAUUUUCUCUUCCCAAUUCAAUCCCAAAUCACAAGCCCUACCCGUAAUUCAAACCAAACCCGAGAAAUGGCACCCAGAAAAUCUGCAGCUGCCGGUAAAGAUGACCCGUGCCCGAUGCUGAAGCUCAUAAUGGAGAAGGGUCCGCUUUCUGGUCAAACCCACGACUUCAGGCCCGGAUCCAGGAUCCGGAUUGGCCGGGUUGUUCGAGGUAACACUCUAGCCAUCAAAGACGCCGGCGUCUCCUCCAAGCACCUACUUAUUCAAGUUGAACCCGGGUCGGGUACCGGCUGCCAGCGCUGGACCAUCACCGACCUGGGGUCUUCAAACGGCACCUUUCUGAAUGGUGUGCGGCUGGAGGAGUCCGAGGCGGCUGAACUUUCGGACGGGGAUGUUAUCAUAAUAGGCGAGCAGACGUCGAUUAAAGUGAAGUUUGAAGUUAAUUGUGCUGAGAAUGAGGUCGGUUCAAGGAAUGUGAGGAGUACGAGGCGGCGAGGGAAGAAUGAGGUCUGGGAAUUGGUGGCAAUUGCUGAGGAUUCUGAAUUAGGGUUAGGGGUGGGGAGUGAAAAUAAUUUGGGGGAUGGGUUUAGAAAUGAGAAAUAUGAGGAUUUGGGAAAUGAAGCUGGAGGGUUGGGGACUGUUGGUGAGGAAAAAGUGAGAGGAAGGAGGACUAGGGGGUCUGUAGUUAGGGAAUUGGAAGAUGGUGGUGAAGAAGUUCAGGUAAAAGUACAGAGUUUGGGGAAGGUAAUGAGGAGGACUAGAAAUUCGAAGGAAGAAAAAUCGGAGAGUUCAACAAUCAAGCUUGAUGUAGACUAUGAAAAAUCUGAUAAGGUGGAUGAAAUUGAGGUGAAACAAGGCAGGAAUGUGAACAUAAGGGCAAGACGUUCAAAGAACGCUGAGAAUAUGUUGGAUGAUUUGAAUGGAAAUAGGGACAACGAUUUGGGAACCGCUGAGGUGCAAGGACGGCAAAGAGGGAAUGUGAGGAGGACCAGGAGUUCAAGAAAGGAAGAAAAUGUAGGUGAAACUGAACUUGAUUUGGGUGUUGUUGAAGCUAAGAAGACAAGGGCGGGCGGGAGAGGGAGAAAAAAAUUACCUGCGGAGACUCCUUUAGAAGAACAAGAGAAGAUUUUGGAGCAUAAAAUAUGUGAAGAAGAGAAAAGGGAGUCAGAAGUUGGUGUUAAUGAGUUGGUAGAGGAAGUAAAUUCUGGAAGAGAAGGUGCUGCUGGUUUGGCUAGCACAUCUGGGGUUAAAGAAGGCGGCGCUGAUGUUGGAAAGGGAAAGGCGGUAGUGGAUUUAGAGAAGAUGACGUUAGGGGAAUGGUUUGACUUUUUGGAAGUUUUUCUGCCUAAACAAAUUAUUGAUGAAACAGAGGAGAUGAUCUCUGAAAUGAGGCAAAAAGCAGAUAGAUUACAUGAGUAUAUGUUGCAGCAGAAGAAAGCUAAGGAUAAGGUUGAAGUUGCAGUGGACUAGACAACCAACUUCACUCUGAGCAUUUUGGGUAACUUAGAGCUGCAUUGCUGACCUUAUAAUCCUCCAUGGGCUUAGAAAGUAUAAAUUAGCUAUGCAUGGAUUUUUGCGUAUGGUUUGCGUUGUUUAUGUAGUCUCUAUGAGCAGACUCUGUAGUUCAACAAGAUAAGAUGAUUAUGAAAUAAACCGUCAAAAUGUGAUGAAUACUACUCAAUCUUAUGCAUAUAAUGUUAGCUAACUGCAGCAUGUUGCAAAACUUACAAGAAAGUUUUCCAUGCAAGUUGUGUUGGGAGAUCGGGUUCAGAAUAAUCAACUGUCUGCUAGACUUUGUGGUUGAUAUUCACUACGACGUGCUUCUACCUUCUUCUAUAUAAACUUCAUACAAGCAAAGUUCAAAGCACAUGAUAGAGAUAAACCAG